AUGAAAGAACACAAUAUAAAAUCAAUCAUUAUUGAUAUCAACGACAAUAGUGAUGAUUCAAAUACAGAAUUAGAAUCCCAAUCAUAUUACUCACUGGCAGAAAAAAUCGAAAUAAAAGGAAACUUUUUUAAGAAAAUUGGAGAUAGAUGCUUUGCGAAUACAGAUAUUUUCCUCAAAGAAAUUGUUAUUUCCAGUUCUAUUAAUGAAAUAGGUGAUGAAGCAUUUAAAAGUUCAAGAAUAGAAAAAUUUCAAUCAGAUAGUAUCAUGACUGCUAGUACAAAUGUAUUUGAGGAUUGUCUUUAUUUAAAGACAAUUUCAAUGAAUGGCUUGUCAGAAGUUCCAAAUAGUUUCGCUUAUAACUGUUUACAACUGGAAAGCGUAAUAAUGAAAAAUGCAACUGUUAUAAAACCAUUUGCUUUUUAUGAAUGCAUAUCAUUGUCAAAGUUUGAAUUUGGAACUGUUACUGAUUUCGGUCUUUCAUCUUUUCAAAAAACAUCGUUGAAAAAACUAACAAUCCCAAAAGAAUGCACUGAAAUAGGAGCUUCAGCCUUUCAAUUCUCAUUGCUUGAAUCAAUUGAAUUUGAAGAACGAACUACUAAUAUUACAAUAAAAUCUAAUGCUUUUUCGAAUACACAACUGAAAAAGAUUGAUAUUCCAGAUAAAGUUUCAAUUCAAAACUUGUUCCAAGAAUGUUUUAUACUGAAAACAAUUACUCUUUCAAAUUCAAUUUCACAACUCUCAGAGUUUUUCGCAUCCAAAUGCUAUAGUUUGGAAACCGUUAAUGCACCAGGCGCUACAGUAAUAAAAGAAAAUGCAUUUUAUUUUUGCAAGAAUCUGAAAGCGGUAACAUUUGGUAGUGUGACCGAAUUUGGAUCAAACUCAUUUGCUUAUUGCAAAAAUUUGGUAUAUGAGAUAUCUCCAACAACAAAUGAUUCAACAACACCAAUAAUGAUUGGAGAAAAAGCAUUUUUCUAUUGCAAGAAAAUUAAAGCAUCAAGUAUUUAUUGUCUUAAGUUUAAUCAUUAUUGUUUUGCAGGAUGUCACAGUAUUACAAGUUUAUCCAUUUAUACACAAGAAAUAGGAACUUCAGCAUUUCAUUAUUGUUGCAACCUGAAAAGCAUUAAGAUUUAUCCAAUUCCUGAUAGUAGUAGCAAUGAAGAAAACAAUAAUGAAUAUGAUUUUAAUUACAACAUUGUUACACGUGAAUUUGAUUAUUAA